CGGACGGCUCCGGCCUCACGCACAUUACUGCCCAUUUCAGCACCGUGGACAGUGCUCUUUUCCACCAUCCGUAAGGCUCAGUAUCUCGAUUCGAUACGUAACAAACUGUUACGUUUGUUAUGCUAAAAGCUUAAGGUCAGCUGACGCUUGCAGUGGUCAGGCAUUACCCCCCACCCCUGCAUCUACCACUUCUCGACUAACAAACGGGAUCAAACAGCAAGUUGCUUUAUUUUCAAAGUUUCCUUGCACUGUGACCGACGCAUAGCGACCAGGGAGACAAGCUACAUUAGCUCUUAGUACGUUUUGAACGUCAACCGCGUUAUUUUGUGUAAUUCUCAAAGGAUAAAGCAAUAAAGGACCAUGAGGUUUUGUUUUUAUUUUUUUCUAAUAAUCACUUAUCAUUAAAACUUAACAGUACCCUAUUGGUUUCCCUUCGUCGGUAGACUCUGUCUCAGACUCCCAUUGAUUUUAUGUUCAUCUGAGCUGAAACGCCUCACCGCUAAGAAUGUUGCUUGAGCAUCCUGGAUCGAGUUGUCAAAAUUCUGGGAAUUUCUCCCGAUACAGCGCAGGUCAAGAGAUUCCUGUAUGCGCGGGUUGUAAUCAACACAUCGUGGACCGGUUCAUCCUCAAAGUGCUGGACCGCCAUUGGCACAGCAAAUGUCUGAAAUGCAGCGACUGCCAAUCCCAACUAGCGGAGAAGUGUUUCAGCCGGGGAGAUAGCGUUUACUGCAAAGAAGACUUUUUUAAGAGAUUUGGGACCAAAUGCGCCGCGUGUCAGCAAGGUAUUCCGCCGACGCAGGUGGUGAGGAGGGCCCAGGAUUUCGUCUACCACCUGCACUGCUUCGCGUGCAUAGUGUGCAAGAGGCAGCUCGCGACAGGUGACGAGUACUACCUGAUGGAAGAUAGUAGGCUCGUGUGCAAGGCUGACUACGAGACCGCCAAACAGAGAGAGGCAGACUCAACCGCGAAAAGACCAAGAACAACCAUCACUGCAAAACAGCUCGAGACACUAAAGAACGCUUACAACAAUUCUCCCAAACCCGCCCGCCACGUACGGGAACAGCUAUCGUCAGAAACCGGACUUGAUAUGCGGGUUGUUCAGGUCUGGUUUCAGAACAGGCGAGCAAAAGAGAAGAGGUUGAAGAAGGAUGCCGGCAGACAGAGGUGGGGUCAAUACUUCCGCAACAUGAAGAGGUCGCGAGGCAGCUCAAAAUCUGACAAGGACAGCAUCCAAGAGGAGGGCAUGGAUAGUGACGCUGAAGUCUCCUUUACAGAUGAGCCACCCAUGUCAGAGCUCAGCCACUCCAACGGCAUUUACAGUGGCCUGAGUGAGUCGUCCCCAGCCAUGGGCGGCCGCCAGGGUGGUAGCCACGGCUCCUUUUCCUUGGAGCAUGGAGUCCUCCCUUCCCAGGACCAGUACCACGACAUUCGCUCCAGCAGCCCCUACGGCUUACCCCAGUCCCCAGGUUCCCUCCAGGCCGUGCCCAGGCACCAACCUCUCAUCUCCAGUCUGGUCUACCCUGACUCCGGCCUGUCUAUCAUGACCCCUGGUGGGGCCCCCGGGCUGAAUCCCGCCAUUAGAGGAGUGUUGGGGGGUGCUAACGGUCCCAACUCGGAUCUCUCCACUGGUAGCAGUGGGGGCUAUCCAGACUUCCCAGCAAGUCCAGCUUCCUGGUUGGAUGAAGUGGACCAUGGCCAGUUUUGACGAGGUGCGUUAAUUGGUCAGUGUGGAUUAGGGUCUCAAAUCGUUUUUUUUCUGGAUUUACCUGGCGGGUGUCACAAACUGGAAAAAUUAGUCACAGCCUGAAUUUGGACGGUUGCUGUCCUUCACCUGUCUUGGAUUGUUAUCUCUCCAUUAACAAACUUUCCGUCUAUUUCCCCUGAGCGGACUGUCUCGAAGAGCACCUGGAACUCACACUCCCUUCACCACAGAAAACUAGAAUGGUGAAAUUGAGUGCUGGCUUGUUAAGAAUGACAAUGAAGCUAAUGAUGGAUUGUUUAUAUGUCUCUCCAAAACAUCAGGAGUAUUUCUGAAAGAAAGGUUACUCACGUUGACAAUUUGUACUUUUAAUUGUCAAAAAAGACAGACUCCUCCAUCUCUCUGUCUUAAGUCCUCAAAGCACUCUUCCAGCAGUCUACCACCAUGAUUUGUACAGCAACUGUGGACCAACAUGCUUUUGAUCCCUAUGGUGUCAUCAAUAUUUCCCCAGAAGAGGCUUACAGAUACACACUAUUUCUAGCUGUGAGAUUGUUGUAACAAUAUAACAUUCAGACUUUUGCCCAAUUGGAUUUUGAUAGUCUCUUCCCCGAAUCCUUUUCACUUACACCUCUCUAUUUUGUAAAAACGUGGACAGAUGCAGGUUUCGUUCAAGUCUUUAUGUGUCUGGUUGUUGCCAAAUGUCUAUACAUUACUGUUCAUCAUUAUGGAGACUUUAUUUUUAUACAACUCCUUCAACAACAUGAAUACUUUGUACAUUGACAGCUUGGGAAUGUACAAAGUACACAAAGUACUUGGACUUUGUUCAUUGAAGGCCAGGGAUCUAGACAAGUUGUAGAUGUCACCUCCCACCAAUAACUAGGGUCCAGUUACUUCUAUGCAUUUGUGUGUUCUUAGAUGGAUCUUGUUUGUCUCUAUUGUCUCUAUCUUGUUCAUCUCUAUAAAAACUACCUGGGCAUGCUGAAACCCAGGCUGGUGUAUGUGUUUGUUUAUGUGGAAGAUGUUUUAUGUCUUAUUUAUUCUCAAUGAUGAUAAUGAUUAAGUGAUACAGGUCUUUAAUAAAUUUGUCAGCUAAAUCCAAACUAA